GACAGCGAGCUGCCGUUCACUUCCAUCUAUUGCUGUCCAUUCCCUUUUCUUCUCCUCCGCCAAAUCGAGGGUACUUGUCACAACUCAUACCCGCUUUGCUAUACAUCCACGCAAUACCACUAUUCCACCCGAACAAGAUGGGUUUACUGUCUGCCAUUUACCAUCUACGUUGGUUUUUGGGGCUGGCAUUUCUGGCGGUAUACCUUGUCAGCAAAGUGCGCACCUACUGGAGACUGCGAAACUUCAAAGGGCCUUUUAGUACCGGCUUUUCGGAGCUCUUCCAUAUGCGCCUGAUCCUCAGCCACAGGAACCAUGAAGAGUACAAGGAGAUAUUGGACAAGUAUGGUCCCAUUGCUCGGGUUGGCCCCAACGACCUCGUCACGUCUUCGCUGGAGCUCCUGUGCCACAUGAGCGCCGCCCGCUCGCCCUACACGCGGGGUUGGUACUACGGCGCCGCACGCACGCGUCCCGACAAGGACAACGUAUUCAGCACGCUCAGCGAGGAGCACCACGACAAGCGGAGGCGACAGAUGGCCGCUGGUUACUCGGGAAAGGAAAACGCGGAUCUGGAGCCCACCAUCGACACGUACGUAGCGCAGCUAGUGCACCUGAUCCGGUCCAAGUACCUGUCCAACGCGCACCUGGCCCGGCCGUUUGACCUUUCCGAAAAGACACGGUACAUGGCACUCGACGUCAUCAGCGCCGUCGGCUUCGGCAAGGCCUUUGGCGACCUGCAGUCCGACGCCGACGUGCACAGCUUUGCCGCGUCCAGCGAGUCGGGCCUGCAGUACAUGACGGCCAUGAUGGCCUUUGGCCUGACGCCGUGGCUGCGCCGCUUCCCGGCCCUGGCGCGCCUGCUGGGGCCCGGCGAGGCGGACGCGACGGGCUUCGGGCGCAUCGUCGGCGAGGCGCGCGUCAUCAUCGAGCGGCGACUAGAGCGUGGCGACAUGGACAAGCGCACCGACAUGCUCGCCUCCUUCAGCCGCCACGGCCUGACGGCCGACGACAUGGUGACCGAGUCGGCGCUGCAGAUCGUCGCGGGCUCCGACACCACGGCCACGUCGCUGCGCUGCAUCAUGCUGUACGUGCUCUCGCACCCGCGCGUCUACGUCAAGCUGCAGGCCGAGGUCGACGCCGCCGUCGCAGCGAUGGGCGGCGGUGCCGGCGGCGGCGUCGUGCCCGACAGCGUCGCCAAGGGGCUCCCGUACCUGCAGGCCGUCAUCAAGGAGGGCAUGCGCAUCCACUCGCCCGUCACGGACCAGGUGCCCAAGGUGGUCCCGCCCGGCGGCGACACGGUCGUGGUCGACGGGAAGCCCGUGUUCCUCCCCGGCGGCGUCAAUGUCAACUACGGCGUGUGGGCGCUGGACCGCAGCGAGGCCAUCUUCGGCCCGGACGCCCACGUCUUCCGGCCUGAGCGGUGGCUGGUCGAGACCGACGAGGCGCGCCUGGGGGCCAUGAACCGCGUGCACGAGCUGAUCUUUGGGUACGGCAAGUACCAGUGCCUGGGCAAGUUUAUCGGCCUGAUGGAGAUUGGAAAGGCUCUCUUCGAGCUUAUGCGCAACUUUGACUGGUGUCUCGCUCAGCCCGAAAAGGUAUGGAAGGGCAAGAACCUGAUGGGCCUCUUCAUCCACAAGGACAUGUGGGUUCUCGCAACGGACCGCAACGAUGCUACGUCGUAGUGGUGGGGAUAUAUUUUUGUAUUAUUGGCAUUUAAGGAGAUCAGAUGGACGGGGUAGGUGCGAACGCAAAUAUCACUCCAUCCCCAGCUCGAAAUAUAGUUCCGUCACAGCAGAGUCUGGGGCCAUCACAGCCGAGUCUCGGGACAUUGCAGCCGAGUAUGUGGCCUCAUCCUUUUCCCG